AUGAUGUUGCGUGCUGUUAUAAGGAGAGCUUCCUCUAGAGGAGGCUCUUCUGCUUCGGGAUUGGGAAAAGUUCUGCAAUCGUCUCGUGUUGCUGUUGCAGCGUCUGCCCAAAGCUUUAAUUCUGUUUCAGCAACAGAGGGUUACGUUUGCAGAGGAACUUAUUCAGUGAAAUCUCCGGUUUAUGGCGGUUUUCAACAUCAUCUCUAUCAUCAGAGCAGCUCCUUAGUUGAGGAGGAGCUUGACCCGUUUUCGCUUGUUGCCGAUGAGCUGUCACUUCUUAGCAAUAAGUUGAGAGCAAUGGUAGUUGCCGAGGUUCCGAAGCUUGCCUCUGCAGCUGAGUACUUCUUCAAAAGGGGUGUGGAAGGAAAACAAUUUCGUCCAACUAUUCUGCUGCUGAUGGCGACGGCUCUGAAUGUACGCGUACCAGAAGCAUUGGCUUCUGAAUCAGCAGCUAUAGCCCCAUCUGAAUUACGCCUAAGGCAACGGGGUGUUGCGGAAAUCACCGAAAUGAUACAUGUUGCAAGCCUCCUGCACGAUGAUGUCUUGGAUGAUGCUGAUACAAGGCGUGGUGUCGGUUCCUUGAACUUUGUAAUGGGUAACAAGAUAUCAGUAUUAGCAGGAGACUUUUUGCUCUCUCGGGCUUGUGUGGCCCUUGCUGCUCUAAAGAACACAGAGGUUGUAUCGUUACUUGCAACUGUUGUAGAACAUCUUGUUACCGGUGAAACCAUGCAAAUGUCUAGUACAACCGAGCAGCGUCAUAGUAUGGACUAUUAUAUGCAGAAGACAUAUUAUAAGACGGCAUCACUAAUCUCUAACAGCUGCAAAGCAAUUGCCUUACUCGCUGGUCAAACAGCCGAAGUCGCUGUGUUAGCUUUUGAGUACGGGAAGAAUCUGGGUUUAGCAUUCCAAUUGAUAGACGACGUUCUUGAUUUCACGGGCACAUCUGCCUCUCUCGGAAAGGGUUCCCUAUCGGAUAUCCGCCAUGGAAUCAUAACAGCACCAAUCCUCUUUGCCAUGGAAGAGUUUCCUCAACUACGCAAUGUUGUAGAUCAGCUUGAAGAAGAUCCAACGAAUGUUGACAUUGCGUUAGGAUAUCUUGGGAAGAGCAAGGGUAUACAAAGGACAAGAGAGUUAGCUAUACAACAUGCUAAUCUCGCAGCCGCAGCAAUUGGGUCUUUACCGGAGACAGAUGAUGAAGAUGUCAAAAGAUCGAGACGAGCACUUAUUGACUUGACCCAUAGAGUUCUCUCCAGCUCUUUGAGAUUCGGUGCGAUGAUGUUGCGUGCUGUUAUACGGAGAGCUUCCACUAGAGGCUCUUCUGCUUCGGGAUUGGGAAAAUCACUGCAGUCUUCUCGUGUUGCAGCGUCUGCGCACAGCUUUCAUUCUGUUUCAUCAACAGAGACGCUUGGAAACCAUGCUCGUAGCUUCCAUCAUCGCUCGUGUCCAGGGUGUUCAGAGUGCUCGAGGGCUGUUUUAAGCAGCUUCCAAGGCACAACCCUGCAACGAUGGGUCAGGCCUUUUUCAUCUGAUAGUGGUGAUGUCGUGGAAGCUGUUGUGCCUCACAUGGGUGAAUCAAUCACCGAUGGAACCCUAGCCACUUUUCUGAAGAAACCUGGUGAGAGAGUAGAAGCUGACGAGCCAAUUGCACAAAUUGAAACUGACAAGGUGACAAUUGAUAUUGCUAGCCCAGCAAGUGGUGUGAUUCAAGAGUUUCUAGUCAAGGAAGGAGAUACUGUUGAACCGGGACACAAGGUAGCUAUUAUUUCAAAGUCUGCGGAUGCUGUGUCUCAUGUUGAACAAUCAGAAAAGACACCAGAGAAGCCUGCUCCCAAGCCUUCUCCUCCUGCUGAGAAGCCCAAAGUUGAAACUACUAAAGUUGCAGAGAAGCCCAAGGCAGCAUCAACCCCACCACCGUCUAAACAGUCAGCUAAAGAACCGCAGCUUCCCCCUAAGGAUAGGGAAAGAAGGGUUCCAAUGACAAGACUUCGCAAGCGUGUUGCAACAAGGUUGAAAGACUCUCAAAACACUUUUGCGCUGCUGACAACUUUCAAUGAAGUUGACAUGACUAAUCUGAUGAAGCUCCGAUCUCAAUACAAGGAUGCAUUUUUCGAGAAGCAUGGAGUGAAGUUGGGGCUCAUGUCUGGUUUCAUUAAAGCUGCUGUGAGUGCCCUCCAGCACCAACCAGUAGUGAAUGCAGUGAUCGACGGAGACGAUAUCAUUUACAGAGACUACGUUGAUAUCAGUAUCGCCGUUGGUACCUCCAAGGGUCUUGUGGUUCCAGUCAUAAGAGGAGCUGACCAAAUGAACUUUGCUGAGAUAGAGAAAACGAUAAACUCUCUUGCGAAGAAGGCUAAUGAAGGAACCAUAUCAAUCGACGAGAUGGCUGGAGGAUCAUUCACAGUAUCAAAUGGUGGUGUCUAUGGAAGUCUCAUAAGCACUCCUAUCAUUAACCCUCCUCAGUCUGCUAUUCUUGGAAUGCAUUCGAUUGUACAACGUCCAAUGGUUGUGGGAGGAAGCGUAGUGCCGAGGCCGAUGAUGUAUGUCGCACUGACUUACGAUCAUAGGCUGAUUGAUGGAAGAGAGGCUGUGUAUUUCUUGCGCCGUAUUAAGGAUGUUGUUGAAGAUCCUCAGAGGCUUCUUCUCGACAUAUGA